AUGAAUAGAGGUGUUGAAGCAACCGAAAUAGAAAUUGCAAAUGCUCGCUUAGGUAUAUUGGACGCUACUAUAUGCUGCUCACCACCUACUAUCGACACUUUAAGUGAUUCCUUCGUGCAGCCCAAAGGAGGCACGGCAGAUCCUGGCGAAGAGGUUGGACAAGGAGACGGCGAUGUCAGGGCAGUACUAAUGACGUGGCCAACGCUCGCUGCACUACAGAAACAGGGACUUUCGGUUUGGGAAGCUCCCCGUUCUAUAAAAGUUGGGGACCGGACUCCUCUUGGUACCAAAAAGGGCCGUACCGACUCACAACCGUCGAAGAUAAGAAAAAAUACCUUGUGGAAGAAAAUUCGCAACAUAGCUUCAGGAAAAGAAGCUGUCAACGAAUUAGAUGCAGGACCGGGGGGCAUGGCGGUGUACAGGCUAGAACGCGGAGGAGGCUCUGUGCUGGCCUCGCGUGCAGAGCCCGAGACACGAGUGGACCGGCUGGCGCGCGCGAUCGCUCGUCCGGCGUCUGCGUUCCUCGGAGAGAUAUUUUCAAUGAUACGCUUACUCAUCAUGCUACCGAUUUCUCUGCUACUGCGCCUGGAAAGAUGCAUACUAUCGCUUACCGUCUGGGCGAUAUGUGGUGUGGUGCAGACACUAGCUGAAGAGGUUUUAACGCCCACGCUAGCAUUGGGCUACAACUACGCGGCGCGGCCCACGUUGGUAACCGCGGGGCGAGUUGCUGAUGCCCUACGGCUAGCAUUGGAGCCCAUCAGUUUGGCGCUGGGAGACGCGUUGCUGCCUUGCGCCACGCUUCUAGCCAACUGCCGACUUGUUAACGUGUGCGUAGAGAGGCGUUGCGCCUGCCAUUCUUUGCAUCAUGUGUAG